AUGAUAGUCUCUCUUUAUGUUGAUGACCUCCUGGUGACUGGAAGCAAUCUUGUUCAGUUGGAAGAGUUCAAAAGAGCAAUGAAGAUGGAAUUUGACAUGACUGAUUUGGGUGAAAUGAGCUACUUUCUUGGCAUGGAAAUAUACCAAAGCUUAAAGGGUAUAUUUGUGUGUCAAAAGAAGUAUGCAAAUGAGGUGCUAAUUAAGUUCAAUAUGGACAAUUGUAAAUCAGUUGAUAUCCCACUGAUUCCUAGCCAGAAGCUGAGCAAGGAAGAUGGUGCCAAAAGGGUGGAAGAUGGUGCCAAAAGGGUGGAUGAAGGUGUCUAUAGAAGCUUGAUAGGAUGCUUGCUGUACUUGACAGCAACCAGGCCUGAUUUGAUGUACACCACCAGCCUCCUAUCUAGAUUCAUGAGCAAGCCAAGUGAGAUGCAUUAUAAGGCUGCAAAGAGGGUGCUACGGUACAUUAAGGGGACUACUGAGUUAGGAAUCUAG